CUUGUUUUCAUGAGCUGAGCGGACGUCACAGCAGCUAGCAGCCCACUGCACGGCUCUGACACUACAAGGAGAGGAUUGCCUCCCGUCCAGUCCUCCACAUCAUGGAUGCCUGUGCACGGAUCAAAGGGGUCCCACUGAAGAGCCGUGCCACCAUGAGGAAAGAGCUUUGUUUGUUUGAGCAGACCAUUCGUGAGGGCUCGAACCCGUGCCUGAAGAGCCUGUUGAAACACAAGAAAGAGCUGUGCAAUGUGGUCGUGGAGCUGCAUAAUAAAGAACCACAGUGUCUUUCAGAAAUACAUUAUGUAUGCUUACCUAGUCACACCGAGGGGGAGAAUUUCACUCUACAGGCUCUAAAAUCUCUUUCCACUGAGAUGAUGGAGUUGCUUAGAUCACUUCAUGUGCAUACACUUAAAGAUGAAGAGAUUCUGCUCCUUAAAGAUCCCAAAAGACCCUUUGAGAGAAAAGACAGUGUUUCCCAGGUCAGCUGUUCAAGAGCCUUGUGUAUAUUGAGGCAUAGCCCCACUCCUCAGGUUAGUGUUUGCACCUUGCUGGGGUUGUUGGCUCGAUACACUGCUGGGAUAAGGUAUGCCCUGGAGUUACAGGUUCUGCAGAGGGGCACAUCAGAAUCAUGUCAAGCUGAGGAUGAUGACACCAAUCAGUCUGUCUCCUCUAUUGAAGAGGACUUUGUUACUGCUUUUGAGCAUCUUGAAGAGGAGAAUACAGGUGCCAAUAUUCAGCAGAACCUCAGAGACGUGGCCUCCCAGACUGCCCCCUCUCAUUUAAAAGACUUACCAGGAUCUCGCAUCAUAAUAAGUUCCAUACACAAAAAGUCAGUGUGCAAGCAAAAGUCCACCGCAAAAGUGGCAGAAUCUGUCCUAAAGUCCGUAUGGCCUGAGGAUUCAGAGACCUCGUACACACCUAGUAGCCCACCAAAGGGACUUGCUACCUCCCCAUCCCUUACAGAGUCAGAUGACUCAGACUGCUCCAGUCCCAGCCCUAUUAUAUUUCUGGAUGAAGUUGGAUAUCAGAAAAGUCUUAAAGCAAAACUUGACAUUCCCAAGAUCCCCGUUUUAAAGGAGGGUGUGGAAGACUCUGACUCAGAAGUCAGUGAAUUUUUCGACAGCUUUGAUCAGUUUGAUGAACUUGACCAUACUUUUGAUUCCAACAUCAAGGUCCUAAAAGAACAACCCCUCCCUGGUCAAGCAGAGAAAAAGCAUAUUGACAACUCGGGAUGUAAAUUUGUGUUGAGGGUGUGCUCCAACCCAGCAAUGAACCCUCACAAGUUUGAUCAUAGAACUCUCCCAGCCAAUGUCAAGAAACCAACUCCACUCAAGCCAGAAUCACCAUACAGUAUUCACUCCGAUGCACCAGAUUCCCCACGGCUGGCAAGGACUCCCUGUGAGGAAAGUGGGCCGCUCUUCAGUCCAGUUCUUUCAUCGGCAUUUAGCCCCCUGGGAGAAGGAGGGUCCUUGGAGUAUUUUUGGAAAGCUGAUGGUGAUAGCUCUGAAUUACGUAAACCACAGGACCUUUGCUCCCUUUACAAAACGUACUCUGACUUUGCCAAUAACCUGUCAAGAGAAAUCCUCGGAUCUGUGUGUGGAUACUCCUCCCCUGUUGAUUUUAACAUUAAUAAGAACUUGAGCUGUGUGUGUCACAAGGAGUUCAAAAACACUAAUGGGCAUCUGAUGAAGCUGUCAGACAUUCAGGAGACAGUCACCAUCACCAAAUCCCAAUCACAGUCUCUGAAGGAUGGGAUUCAGAAAUUUGCUACAGACUUGGUUGAAAUAAGCCUUGGAAGUGCCUUAAAGGACUUGCAGAAAGGAGUGUCCUCCUGUACCACUACACUUUGCCAUUUGGCUGCAAGGCUGACUUCUUCAGUAUUUCAAAUGGCCUUUCAUGAGAUAGGCAUGCGCCAUGCAUAUGUGCUAAAAGAGCGUGCCAUAAAUGGACUGGCCAGUUUCCUUGUAGGGGAAGCCAUUUCUGGAGCCCUCAAAGACUUUCUGUUUGUGAAAAAGCAGAUUUUCAACAACACUGUCACUCGAUUUGCAGCAGAUCUUGCUGAGGAGUUAGUGUUUGAAGGAAUUAUGGAGGUUUGUCAAUUUUCACAUCCCUCUACACCUCUUACACCAAGCGACUGGUCUUUUGAACAAGAGGAAGAAGUGGUUUCUUCCUAUGCCUCUGACCUUUCAGAGUCAGUUCUCCAAGAGGCUUUUAUAGAGCUCUCACAAGCUGACGUGACUUUCACUACACAGGCAGCCAUCAGCGUGUCAGUGGAUAACGUAUGCUAUGUAAGUGCUGAAGAUACUUCUCUAAUCACAAAGACCUGCAGUGCCCAGACCAGUUAUCCUGGGUCUCAAGCUCUAGAAGAUGCUGGCAACCAAGAGCAGGAUGUUUGCACAGUAAAGAACGCCUUGUAUUGUGUGUCAGGUAUGGCCAGUUGUGUUUCAGUACCUGUGGCUGGCCAGGUCAUAUCUCAUGUACAAAACUCAAAGGAACCUUCUCUGUAUAUAUCCAGUAUUGGUCACAUAUGCCAGACCAGCCCUAAAAUAAGCAUUUGUUGUGAAGGGGAUGCUUCAAACUCAACCUCAGAUACUUCUGCAGCAACUCAGACUGAAUCAUUGCCAGGUCCUGCAAAAAAACUGGAUACUAAUUUUGAAGAAAUAGUUAGCAAUCCAUCCACUGAAAAUGAUUCUGGCAAACCCUCAAUUGGCAAAACUUUUCAGAACUUCUCUGGCAAUAUGGUGGACACCAUAGUAGGUGAGGCAUUUGAUCUAAUGCAUUCUUCAACAAAAGUGAAGAAAAAAGUGGAGGAUUGUACAGACUUUCUGAGCAAAACUAUAGCUGCGCAUAUAUCCUCUCCAAGCCAUGGCACGGUUAAAUCACAUGAUGCAUCAUCUUGGAGUUCACAAGCUCAGAGAGCACCCUUUCACUUAGUGUCAAAGGCCGCUUGUGACCUAACCUCCAGAAGUAUACGUCCAGUCUCCAAACCCACUUCAGAAGUCCAUCAUGCCAUGAGAAGGGACACAUUAGAAGUGCCCAGUUUUGAAGUUGCCUCCUGUUGUGGAAGAAAGGUAGGUGCAGAGGAGAUCUUUAGCAGCAACUAUGGAACAAAAUCAGUUGAAACCCCAAGCACUCCACCCUCAAGCCCUCAGCAGCCAUCGGAAGAGCACAGUGAGAAACAGAUCAGACAUUUCUCCAAAAAGCUCAAAGGUAAACUUGCAAAAGAAUUCUCUCCUGCAACCCCUCCACCCACCCCAUUUUACCCAGCUGCCACCGACUCCAAGAAAGCAGGUUCAGUUUCAGACAAAGCAGAUUUUGUGCUCAAGCUCAUUAGGUCUCUUUCUGAAGAAGCUGGUAGCAAUGAAGAUGAGGAGGAGGACCAGGAAGAUGGCCCGCACUCCAGAAACUCACAGGUGGAGCUGAACCCUAAUGUCAGGAACAGAGUGACUGAGAGGGGUGCGCUCCAUUAUGCCGAGCGUUUAGCAUGCCACAUAGUUUCCAUGGCAACUGAGAUGGACACACUAAGCUUUGGAGAGGUAAAAAAGCCUGAGGGUGAUGAGAGCAAAGGCAGCGUUGCCUUACAUAGCGCACAGUUCUCAGAGCAGACGUUGAAUUCUUUGUGGACGUAUGCUGGAGAAGUUGCUGGAGAAGUCAUCGAUGAUGUAAAGAGGAUGAUGAGUUCAACCCACUGUCGUCACAAAACAAUAAAAAGAGGAUCUGCAAGCUCUGCAGACAAACUUCAGUGUGGAGAUUACAAGGACUCCCUUCUGGGAAGCUUGGCUCAUCAGUGGUCUGGUGAUGUCCAGGCAUCAGUCCAUAACUCUCAGAGUGGCAGUUCCAGUAAGAUGUCAUCAGAGUAUCCAAGCUGUGAAAGUGUCACUGAUGAAUAUGCAGGAUACCUUAUUAAGGUCCUGAAGAAAGAGGGAGGCAACCGAGAGCUUAUACUGGAUCAGUAUGCCACUCGUUUGGCCUAUCGAUCGAUUAAAUCAGGCCUUGCUCAUGCGGCACGAAAAAUAAAGCAGAGAUCCCCUUUGAGGCUUCACUCUUCUAGGUGUCUACACAAUGAUCGUAGCCACGAGGCUCCUCAAAUUCCCAUAUCGAAGUCAUCUGUACUUACUCAUGGAAAAGAUGGAUCCUCUUGUGAAUCUCUGCCAUGUGCUUGUCAAUACAGUCAAGACAUUAGCAGUAAUGAAUAUGUAGAACUUGUGAACUUUGCCGAGUCACUGGCCUACAACAUCACAUGUGAUGUUACACGAAAGCUUCAAAUGUCAUCAGUUAGACUGCCAAAAUCUCUCACUGAUUCUUGCCUCUACAGGAAAUCCAAUGUGGAGGACUUACCAGAAAAUGUAAUGAAAAGUACAUUUUCAUGCUCUCUUUUACCUUACACAGAGACUAACAGGCUGUAUCAUAGCACUGGCAGCCUGAAUGAUGGCAAAUGCAACAACAAUGUCAUGCAAGUGAUUGAACAUUAUGCCAGGAAAAUUGUCGAUGACACUUUGGAAAUGACACUGGGCCCGGGAUGUUUUCAGGCUGCUGGGGACAGAAGGGCACUAGAGCCGAAUUCUUUCACAGAAAAGCUGGCUAAGGCAUACCAAGCCUGCCGAUACUGCCAAGGUCAAGAUUGCCUGUUUUGCAGUAGAGAUGGUCGUCGCAGUUUCCAGGGACUGAAAAAAAGGAGGCAACAGGAUUCCGAUGCAGUGACUGGGCUAGAAAUUCCUAGAAUUCACAUUGAUUUGGAUAAGAGAGCUGCUUUUGCUGAGGAAAUGGUGUCCAGUGCUAUUGAGAAAGCGAAAAAGGAACUGAGCUGCACCAGCCUGAAUGCAGACAGUGGGAUUGGUCACGAUGGCGCAAGCUUUGCAGAAAGCCUCACCACAGAGAUUAUGACAUCCGCAUUAUCCAACGUCUGCCAAAACGUCAACCUUGGUACUUCUAGGAGGGAGGUUGUCAGUGUGACAGAAUCAACCGUGAGUCAACAGCUGAGUUUGAGUGUUGGUGAUGACAGUCUUGGUAGUUGGUCCAAUUUGAGCUUUGAAGAAGACCACCCAGAUGAGACCAGCAGCUUUCACCAUCUAAGUGACAGCAGUAAUGGAAACAGCAGUAGCUGGAGCAGUCUGGGUUUAGAAGGCGAGGUUUAUGAAGAACAUUUGUCCUUCUCUCCAGACAGUGACUACACUGAAGAGAAGGAAGCAGAGGCCAAGGACGAUUCGGGUGGAGCAGGGCGAGUGGAAAAGGAACAUGGGCAGGCGGAAAGAGCGCUGCUGGUAGUGAGUACGGAUGUGAGGGGCCGGACUCUGGACCCCCAGCUGACAGCAGUGCUCCAGUGGAUAGCCGCCUCUAUUGCUGAUCUGCCUUUAAUGAAGCUGAACCAAUACUCUGCCCAAGAGCUCCAGCAGGUGCUACUAGUUACAAAUCAAAAAGAGAAAUGGAAAAUGCACACAGCAGUCACACGGGGAACUCAUGAGGUUAAAGAAGAUUACAGUCAUUUUUCAAGAUUACAGCUGCCAGCUGUGGCUCAAAGGCUAAGGGAGAGAGAGUUCAGGGUCGGGGAGCUCCUGCAGGCUCUGCUGAGAUACUUUGAAGAAUGCCGCACUGAGGAAGACCCUGAGACUGGAGAUGUGCGGCACAGCCACAAGAGCCUCUUCCAGUGGCUUUUAGAACAGGCAUAAAUCACAAUCACACACUGCUGACAUCUGUCAGCCAUUAAAAUUAUGAAGUUUCCUGUCACUUUUACAGUGAUCUGCAAUGUAUCUGCCAAAUUUAAAGGCAUCGCCAGUGGAAUGUGUUUGUGUUGUGUAUUGCUUAUGCACCGGUUUAUGCACCGGUGGCCACCCAGGGGCCACCCAGAUUAACUAAAGUAAUCUAAGAGUGGUUCGUUCAAGUGUGUGUAUUGCAUCCCAGAAUUCUUAAAGUACUUUUUUCUUACUUUCACCUCUCUUUUUGUUGUCAUGUUGUUUUCUUUAAGAUUAGACUGCAUAUCACACGUUUGGUGCGCCAUCGCUGAUUCCUACCCAUGUGUUUUGCUUUCACACCCCACCGUAGUGUUUUUACACAAAAGACGGAUGAGUUGGUGUUUUGUUAGGGAAUCCCCAUUGCUGCAGGAAAGCUUAUGUCACCUUCAUACCUUUCUUUUGCGGUGAUGUUUCCACAUGUCGAAGGGCCCAGCCAAGCAAUCCACCACUUCUCCAUGUUUCUGGAGGGUAUUCCAUUACACACACACCAAAGAGCAAUUAUGACAAUUAUUUCAUUAUCAUAUUUGCCCUGUUGAGUACAUUUUUGGCAACAACACUUGGAUACCAGUCAUAAUGGUUUAAAACUAUCGUUCAAUUGAUUUGUCUCACAGUAAUUAGAAAGACGCUUAUAAAUAGUUGCUGUUUAAAGAAUCACUCCCCUGUUAUGCAUCUCACACAAUUUUUCCAAUCAUUAUUUCAAGAUAGUAAUGCCAUAAUCUGUUUAAAAAAAAAAAAAAAUCCUGUUGCUAUAUACUGUAAAUUCAUAAUGGUUUAAAAUGAUUCGCCAUACAUUGGUUCGGUAAAUAUGCUAUUAAAAUAAAUUUGAUUCACCAAACACUGCAAUUAGAGUGUACAUGGUCCAGUGACCAUAAAUUAAAAUCCACCACAACAAACAUGUUUUAGAUCACUAUAGAAGUGAUUUUUGUUGCUAAGUUACUAAAAAACACAAAUAUACUUUAAAGCCGACAUUGAGAAGCUGCUAAACAGUUCACAGAACAUGUAAACCUGCUUCGCCAAUUGAGGAAACCCCUUGUAAGCAUUUAAAAGGAUCUAGAGAGGGGAAUUUCCUCUGUUUGCCUCAUGGUAUUGUCCAUACAUUGGAGGUAACUGUGACACACUAGUAGUGCAUAUAAGGACACAUCUGCAGUGAGUAUAUCUGAACGACUCACCGUCUGGUGCUGAUUUACACUACAGCAGGGACUCAUCAAUAGCCUCUUCCACGCUGACCCUGCUCUGACUCACUGCCUGCCCUUUAGUAUGCACUACACGUAAAUAUUGCACUUUAGUGAGGAAUGGUUAGACAGGCCAUUCCCUAUAGCUUUGUCUAGACCUAAAAAAUGUCUCUUUAUUAUUGCAAUGUUUCAGUAAUAGAAUAGAUCGCCAAAGGCUAGUAGAUGUUGGGCACACACAACUAUCGGGCCCUAAUGAAUAGUUUUGUGCUUAAAGGAAUAAUUCACCCUAAAAAGAAACAUUGGUCAUUAUUUACUUAAAGUGUUCCUUGAAAUUAUAUUUUCAUGAUUCUGCUCAGAUACCAUUCAGAAAGGUUACAGUUUAAAUUACAUUAUGGAGGCAGUCAAAGUUGGACAUUGUUCUAUUUUGUGGAUUCUUUAAUAGUUUUGGACUGUUGCAUGCAUGAUGUUCUUUCAGUCCAUGCUUUAUGCAUUUCUCUUUAUGUCUGCAUGGAUGUCCUCUUCAUGGUAUUUCCAGUGCCGACUCAUUCUCUUGUGCGUGGUUUAAAUACAGCCAACACCAUAUAUGCUCACACUACCAGUGAUUCGUUACAGUGGAAAAAAUGCAAAUGCAUUUUUGUAUUCAUGCUGUUAUGCAAUGUCGGAGCUGCCAAAUAUGUUUGGAUCUACACUUACGCAGUAUUGUUUACAUUAUUUUAAAAUAUUUGACAAAAAAUUGCCAUACACUGUGUUUAGUUGGUAAUUUUUCUAUAUGAAAGUGGUAGUACAUAUCACCAAAUCCAUAAUGUGAGAGAAGAAAGUGAAGUUAAAGGAAUCGUUUACCCAAAAAUGAAGAAUCUGUCAUCAUUAACUAGCCCUUAUGUCAUUCCAAACUCAUUUGACUUCAUACUUCCAUAUGACUUUCUCAGUCACCCUGUAAGCAUUAACACCUCUGUGUUUCAAGGGGAGGGGGGGCAUAUGGGUUUGGAACGACAUAAGGGUCUCUUUGGGUGACCUAUCCUUGUAAAUUUAAGAAAAUGGGUUCCUUAAGGCUUGGGUGAAUGAAUAAAUGAAAAGGAGUUGGCACAACCAUGCCGUAACCAUCCGCGCUGCCUCAUUCUAAGUAGGAUUGUAAAUGCAUCUGUGCUCUUGCAGUAAUUGUAAUCAUUAAUGCUGUAGAUGGUCUGCCCUUGUGUACUUAUUAUUCACCUUAUUUUUGUGUUCAUUCCUAUCUUUCACAAAUUAUCUGUUGCUGUUUUGUGUUAUCUAAGGCUACUUGUAUAAUGCAGAGUACAUGCCAUACUAAACAGAUGAAUAUUUUGUUACUUGUGCAGUGUUCCUCCAUCCUGUAUCUCUUAGUGUAGUGGGCAAAUGAAACACACUGACUUCUCUAUUUUCUUCCUGCCCAGUUGUAAAAUCUUGCCAAAUAAGAUAUUUAAUAAUUUAUGUAAGUAUAAGUUGCAAUGGUGAAUACACUGUUAGUGCCCCCAGUGAAGUUGCUGAGUAGUUUACACAUUAAAGCUUAAUGCACUACACCUGUACACUGUAAAAAGCUGUGGGUAAUAAAGCUUUUUCAUUUGAAA